ACAACAGCAGCCAGCAGCAGCAGCAACAUCAACAACAUGGUGAAGGAGAAGGCGAAUUCGAUCCGCAUCUACGAUUCGGAGGGCUACAGACGCAGGGCCGCCUGCAUCUGCGUAAAGAGCGAUCUCGAGGACGAGGUACUACUAGUUACAUCCAGCCGAAGACCCGACAGUUGGAUAGUACCAGGCGGCGGCGUCGAGCCCGAGGAGGAGCCGGCGGUCACGGCUCUUCGCGAGGUCCGGGAGGAGGCCGGCGUUCUUGGACAGUUAGGCCGUUGCCUCGGCACAUUUGAGGUUAUAACUCGUGAUAACAAGGAGCACAAACACCGAACGGAAGUGUGGGUUAUGCGAGUGACCGAGGAGCUCCCGGAGUGGGAAGACUCGCGCGCUAUCGGCCGGAAGCGAAAAUGGUUCACCAUACCGGAGGCCCUGCUGCAGCUCGAUAAACAUAAACCCGUCCAGCGCUCUUACCUGGACAGACUCCAUCACAGCAAUCCACGACAUAAUCCCACCUCUCAGCUGUCCAAUCAUUCGCACUCCACGAUAGCGUCUAUCGAGCUGAUGAAUAACUCUAGUAAUAAUACCCAUUUGAGCGAACACAGCUAAUAUCGUCGCGGAGAUCAAACCUCUGUUUUUAAACCGAAAUUCGACCGCUAUGGAUUCUCUCCGAGCAAAAAAGAAAACUUGCUGUUACUUCUCCUUUCUACCCCUUCUAAGGGAAUCUGAUAUGCAACUAUUGUUGUGUUUUAUAUAUAUAAAUUGAUAUUAUCUAUAUACUUAUCUUUAUCAUUAUAUUCUUAGGUUAAUUACUACGAUUACUAUUAUGUUUAGUCUUAGAUUGUUGAUAAAUCGGUUCAUGAUGGAGCACUUUUUCUCUUUUUUUUUCUUUUUUGUAACUUGGAUUCUUUCAUUUCAUGAUGACUUUUUAUUGAACGCGCGAGAAGAGUGAUUGUCAAUUAUUUUACGAUCAUUUAUUAUUUAGUGUUUGUGCCUAAUAUAUGUAGAAUGCCAUACAUACACACACGUGAUCCUUUUCCACGUAUCGCAUAUCCUAGCUAUACAGCUGCGCGAACUACAUUUCACAUCAAGGCGAGGAAAAAGUUGCGUUGUACUUGUUAAUAUAUAGACGAUAAAUUGUGUACUUUGUAUAUUAACUUCGUGAAUAAAUUUUGUAAUGAUUUCUGCGAA